AUGAAAAUUAAUGACGGAUACGGGGAAGAUGGAAAUUUGAGUGAUAUGAACACUUGCAGUAUUUCAGACAAGAUUGGCUUUGCCUCAGCUGCUACCACAACCUUUCAGAUAAGUGAGCCUCGAAUCCAAAGAAAGGCCUCCAGGUGCUGUGUUCGGACAGCCCUCAGCAUCUACCUUCUGCUGCUGACGGCUGGCCAGGGGCUGCUGACAUACAAAGUGUUUCAGAUGCAGAGAGAGAUACUGAAAUGUCAAAACCAAAAUACCACCUAUACAGAAGAGAUUUUGGAAAGCGCCUUUGUCAAGAGACUGCACACAGAGCAUGAAGGGGACUGGAGAGGAAGCUUUACCAGCUUAGAAGAGUUAGAAGAGGAAAUCAACAUAAUUAAAAGCAGCAAUGCAAACAUGAUGAUGAUGAUAAACAACAUCUCUCUGCUUGUGGGGUCUGCUGGACGCAAAGGAGAACGUGGUCCACCGGGUAUCUCAGGGCUACAGGGACCACCAGGGACAAAGGGAGAGCAAGGAAUCCAAGGCUUACGUGGACUGCAGGGUGCGAAGGGAAGCAAAGGAAAUCCUGGUCCUGCUGGCCCAAGUGGUAUACCAGGAAUGAGAGGAGAAAAAGGAGAGAUGGGGCUUGCAGGUGUCCAAGGACAGAAAGGUGAAAUGGGCGAGAAGGGAGAGCCUGGGCCCAGUGGACCCAUGGGUCCUGUGGGACCGAAGGGAUUCCCAGGACUGCCAGGUUUAAAGGGUACCAUGGGGGAACCUGGACAACCUGGGCAGAAAGGAGAAGCAGGCAAAACUGGACCACAUGGACCUGCAGGAGUUCCUGGUCCUGAAGGCAGACCUGGCCAGAAAGGGGAGAAGGGGGACAAGGGGACCAGUGGUAGUCCAGGAAUACCAGGCACUACAGGACCCAAAGGUGAAAAGGGAGACAAAGGAGUAACAGGUCCUCCAGGGGAAAAGGGAAUAAAGGGAGACCAUGGUCUACCAGGCAGCCAAGGCCUAGCUGGUCAAAAAGGAAGCAAGGGUGAUUAUGGCAGUCAGGGUCCAAAAGGAGAACCAGGAUUAAAAGGAGCCAAGGGAGACCGUGGAUACACUGGUUCCCAAGGAGAAAAAGGAAGCAAAGGUGAAAAGGGAAAAGCCAGCUUCAGUUCUCUUAUACGAAUCGUGGGAGGGGACAGGAGGGGCCGCGUGGAGGUUUUUCACCGAGGGUCCUGGGGAACAAUAUGUGAUGAUAGCUGGGGCAAAGAAGAUGGCAACGUGGUCUGCCGAAUGCUGGGAUACAGCUAUGCACUCUCCACCUUCACAGCCACAGCAGGCUCGGGGCAAAUUUGGCUUGAUGACGUGGCUUGCAACGGGGGUGAACAAUCAAUUUUUGAGUGUUCCUCGCGUGAAUGGGGUGAGCACAACUGCUCCCACAGCGAGGACGCUGGAGUGGAAUGCAUUUGA